GGAAGAAAUAGGUGCACUAUGUAAAAUGAAUUUACUCUACGGAUGUUAUUUUGAAUACUCACCCAUAUCUAAUGCAGAGUGCAGUGAAAGGAUGAGUAGAAAAUUAAUUAAAUUGGUAAAAGGAAAAAAAUAGAAUGAACGAGUUUAUCUAUUUAUGGCAGUAUGGUGAGGUGUGAAUGUAUGAGGGAUUCGUUAAGAACAUAGUUGUUAGUUUCAUACUUAAUCGCCAUAGACGGAGAUAGCUAAGUUAUUGAAAUGAUCCUUUCUCAUAAUUCCAAAACAAAACAUCUCCAUUCUCAAUCAUGCCGGCAACUAUCUGGAAACGAAACUUCCAUGCACCUUCCUUUUCACCUUAUCUAUAUAUCUUCUUCCACCUGUUUCCUUUUUUUAAUAUUAAUUCAUCUUAUAUAUAUCUAACACCAGAAUAUGCUUUCAACUUCAUUCUUUCCUUCCCAAACAUAUCAUGGGAUGUGUCAAUAGCACCUACACCCCCCCUCGAAACCGAAACCGGACCCGACAUGUUGACAAGUUCAAAGAUCAGUAUGCAUUCAAACCUAUCAUCCAUAACAAGAAUCAUCCAUCCAAACACGUCCAAGUAAAGCCUAAGAAGAGAGUUGUGAUUGUGAAUACUAAUACUAGUACUAAUUCUGGAGCAGGAGAGGGAGAAAGGGUUGAUGAUAAGAUAAAUGAUGUAGCUAGAGAUAUCAACGAUGAUAAGUCUGAGGAGGAAAAGAAGAAAAAGAUGAAUGCAAUCUAUGAUGUUAAAGUGGAAGAAGAUGAGUGGCCCAAAUGGCUAGUCGAUAAUAUCUCCCAAAACGUUUUAGCUACCUUGAUUCGCAAGACUGCUGAUUCCUAUGAAAAACUAGGAAAGGUAGGACGUGGAACAUAUAGCAAUGUAUAUAAAGCUAGAGAUAAGGAGAGUGGAAAGAUAGUUGCUUUGAAGAAGGUAAGAUUUGACACUUCUGAUUCUGAAAGCAUCAAGUUUAUGGCAAGGGAGAUUAUGAUACUGCAGACAUUGGAUCAUCCCAAUGUUAUCAAACUUGAAGGACUAGCAACAUCAAGGAUGCAAUAUAGUCUUUAUUUAGUCUUUGAAUACAUGCAAUGUGACCUUACUAGGGUUAUCUCACGCCCUACGGAGAGACUCACUGAAUCACAGAUCAAGUGUUACAUGGAACAACUGCUUUUGGGACUUCAAUAUUGUCAUGAGAGAGGAGUCAUGCACAGAGAUAUUAAAGCUUCAAACUUGUUAAUAGAUAAAGAAGGGGUGUUAAAAAUUGCUGAUUUUGGGCUUGCAAAUUCUUUAAAAAUAAAACCUAAAGGACCUCUUACAAAUAGAGUUGUGACACUUUGGUAUAGAGCUCCUGAACUUCUUUUAGGUUCAACUGAUUAUGAUUAUAGCAUUGAUAUAUGGAGUGUAGGCUGUUUGUUGGCUGAAAUGUUUGUUGGAAGACCAAUUAUGCCUGGGAGGACAGAGAUUGAACAGCUUCAUAUGAUAUACAAACUAUGUGGUUCACCUUCAGAAGAUUACUUGACAAAAAUGAAGUUAAAGACAAGCUUUCGUCCACCACAACGUUAUAAAGCUAGUUUUGAAGAAAACUUUAAGGAUUUUCCUUUGCCAGCUCUUAAUCUCUUGACUACACUUCUUGAUCUUCACUCCCAACAUCGUGGCACUGCUGCCUCUGCUCUUCAAACUGAGUUUUUCAAAUCCCGUCCAUUAGCUUGUGACAUUUCAGAAUUACCGGUAAUAAUCAAUAAAGGUGAUGAUGAACGCUCUCAAAAAAAGAGAGGCAAAAGGCGGAAAGGUUUGAAAAAAGGGCAACUAUCUAAAAGAAGUGCAAGCAAUUUAAGCCUGUCAGGAAUGAACCAAGCUGCUGAACAAGGCAAGAUAGAUUCAGAAACAUCAAAGGAGGAGAAGGGUCUAGGACAAAACAUGCUAGGACAAGAGCCAGAAACAGGAAAUAGUGGAAGCAGCAGAACUUCGUCAAUAUUUACUAGCGAAAGGAGCCUGAAUGCAUCUAUAUCUCCGGUUUUUCUUUCAAGCAGUAAAAUAUCCCCCAAAACUGAAGGCCAUCCUAAUGCUCUUAAGAAUAUAAAAAACUACACACUCCUACAGGCAUCUAUACUUGAUAUGAUCAACCCAAAAGAAGGCAACGAUUUUGGUCAGUUUCGCAGGUCCUUCUCUACAUUGGAUUUUCGGCUUGAUCCUGAGAAGCUAUCAAGUCUCUACGGGUCGAAGAUGGACCAUGAAGUGUGACUCUUAUUCCAUGAUGCACAUGGUCUAAAGUUUCAAUAUUUUAGUUCUAAUACCUUAGUAAUAGACAAGAAACAAAGAGAUGAAAUGGAGAGGAUUUCUACUUCAGCCAUAUUCCCUCUUGAAUGAAAUAUAAGCAAAAAGUAUAUCUGAAAAUUGAAGUAUCCGGUGA